AAUUUGUCGCAGGCCAUGCAGGGAGAAAUGGAAUGGCCCCAGCUGUUUGCCACCUCCAGAAGAAUGAAUCCUAUGACAUUGGUGUUCUUCAGAGGGUUCUCAGCUUCGGUGUUUGUUGUUCAUCAGCUCGCACAUUUUUGGGCCUCCCGAGAUGAAGGGUUUUUCUACUUCAUCUACGUCACGCACUGGACCAUGAUCCUGGGAACCAUUUCCGAGUGUCUUCUAUUUCACUUAGCGUCCAAGGGGAUGCAACAAAUGCUUCCCUUCCCAACGGCACGGCGGGUUGAAACCCCCAUGCUGGUCCGCAUUGAACUGGUUCUGUGGCACAUCGUCCACCCAUUCUCCCUGCUUGUGAAGAGCCUGUAUUGGGCCAGUUGGCUGCUAGAGAACCCAUUGGAAGAUUUGCAGAAGAUUAGCUAUUUGGAUUUCUACACCCAUGGCUUUGGACAGUUCUGGCUGCUUCUCAGCUUCCUGGUGAGCAACGUGCCAUUUUCGAUGUGUACUGGCUUUGGUUGGUGCGUGACCUAUGCUUUGGUCUUCAUAGCAUGGAGCCUGGUCCAUUUCUUCACUAAGAUUGGCACUCCUCAGCCUUGCGAGGGAUAUCUGCAAAAUGAGUGUCCAAUCUACAGCAAAUUUGAUUGGCACAAGCCACAGCUAACGACGAUCAUUGCCUUACUCGUAUGCUUGGUUGCAUGUCCAGUAGUAUGCACGUUCUAUGCGACCCUAGCAUCUCGGUGUCGUGGCAGUCAUGAUGUCCAGGAAGGACGUGAGAACAAGACAGGAACUGGGGACUGCGAGGAACCCAAGGUGGAGGAAGUUACAGUUGAUGCAACAGCCCUUUGAGUUCGCAAGCCCCAGGCCAAUGUCCGGAGGCACUCAGCAUGCAGCCUGGACGACGGCACCUUUUUUUGAGUGGCAAAAGCAACCGAUUCGGCAAAAGCAGGUGUGGUUGCCUAUGUCCUGUCCAUAUCCUUCACAGCAGGUUUAUCAUUUCCCAAUUUUUGCCUUGUUCAUCAGCAGGUUCACUGUUACACAGACAGUCACUGCUGAAAGGCAUUAAUAUUCAUCCUUCUAAUUUGAGCGGUGCCACCGUCACCCCCCCCACAAAUCCACAUUUGGC